GCGAGCGUUGUUUUCUCCGUGAAGAACUGGUAGCUAAAAUGGCGUCGGGGGCCAUUUCAGCGGAGACUAAGAAAAUUACAGAUUUGCGUGUUGUAGAUUUAAAAUCAGAACUCAAGCGGAGAAAUCUGGAUGUCACAGGAGUUAAAAAUGUUCUUGUUGCAAGACUGAAACAGGCAAUAGAGGACGAAGGUGGCGAUCCAGACAACGUUGAGAUCCUCGUGUCAGCUGACACGCCUACUCGAAAGAAUGCAAAAUCCAAAGGAAAGAAGAUUGAUUCCGACCUUGACGUUACAAUGGAAGAGGAGUCAUUUUCCAAGGAAGCAGAAGAAGAGGAAUUUGAGAGAGAUGUAACUGAUACUGAUGAUGCUACUCGUGAAAAUUCUAAAUCCUUCUCCGGUGGGGAUGGCCUCGCCGAACCUGAGGCACAGCCAGAACCAGAUGUGGAGCCUGAGGUUGAGGCAGAGGCGGAGCCUGAGAUAGAAGCAGAGGUGGAACCUGAGCUUGAGGCUGAAGCUGAACCUGAAGCCCCUGCGAUGGAGGCCUUGGAAAGCGAACCUGUUCCCGAACAAGCCAGAGAGGUCGAAGAUGAUAACAUAUCCGUCACCAUCCAGGCUGAAGAUGCCAUCACCCUGGAUGUGGAUGGCGACGACCUCCUGGAAACAGGUAAACAUGUGAAACUUCCAGAUUCUGAGGCAGACAAGGGCUGUGAGGAGCCAGAAGCCUCUGCCGAGAUGAGGCAAGAGGCAGACUUGAUGGCUGAAGCAAAGGACGGCCACAAAGAUGGUAAGAGGGAUGACGGGCCGAAGUCUGAUGCCACCAAGAAGGACAGCAGGGAGGCCUCGAAGAAAGCUGAAUCGGGAGACAAAGAAAAGGAUUCUGGGAAGAAAGGCCCCUCUUCUACUGGGGCAGCAGGUCAAGCAAAGAGCUCCUCAAAAGACAGAGAUGGGAAGACCACAAAAGAUGAGAAAGCUUGGGAUCCGUAUUUAGGAGGCACCGGCAGCAGCACAAGCUCUACGCGUAACUUGUGGGUGAGCGGCCUGUCCUCGAAUACGAAAGCGGCUGACCUAAAAAACCUUUUUGGCAAAUAUGGAAAGGUUUUUAGUGCCAAAGUGGUGACCAAUGCCCGCAGCCCGGGAGCCAAAUGCUACGGCCUGGUGACGAUGUCCUCCAGUGCAGAAGUGGCCAGAUGCAUCUCCCACCUGGACCACACAGAGCUCCAUGGCCAGCAGAUAUCCGUGGACAGGGUUAAAAGUGACCCUUUCAAGAAGGACUUCUCUAAGAAGGAGGGGGAGGACAAAACCGGGUCCAGUAAAGCAUCAGGGGAGAAGCGGACACCUACCGGGAUGAAGGCCACUAGCAAGAUUCAGGCUUCUAAAAAGGAAGAGAAGAAGCCCUCUGAGAAGGAGGCGAAAGACGUCUCCAAGAAACAGGACUCCAAGAGCAUGAAGGUUGAUGCCCCCUCCUCUGGCUCCAUCUCUGAGCCUAAGAAGGAAGAGAAGAAGCAUGGCCGGAAGAGUCCAGGGAAGAUGGUAGUGAUUGACCAAACUAAGGGUGACCAAGGUUUCAAUAAACUUCGCCCUCCGUUCAGACGGGGAGGGAGGUUUGACAAGCCUGGAAUUCCCAAUAUGAUGAACAGACGGCCCAGGUGGCUCAUUCCUCCUGAAGAGUUACCAUUCACACAGAUGGAGGCAAUGAAGAAAAGCAGGCCUUUGCUGACUAAGGGUGGCAGUAAGGAUAUCUUGCCCUUUGAGAAGAUGAAGGAGCAAAGGAUGCGCGAGCGGAUGGUCAGAAUGGAGCGUGUCCGCAGGGCCAUGGAACUGCGCAGGCGGCGUGAGAUGGCUGAGCGCGAGCGGCGGGAGCGAGAACGUCUGCGUGUGCUGAGAGAGCGUGAGGAGCGGGAGAACCUGAUGCGAGAGCGCCAGCGGCUGGAGCUAGAGCGGCAGAAGUUGGAGCGGGAGCGCAUGGAGCGGGAGAGGCUGGAGAGGGAGCGGAUCCGCAUAGAGCAGGAGCGGCGAAAGGAGGCGGAGCGUCUGGCACGGGAGAGGGAGGAGCUGAGGAGACAGCAGGAGCAACUGCGCUACGAACAGGAAAAGCGCAACAGCUUAAAGAGAGGCCGUGACGUGGACCACAGGAGGGAUGACCCCUACUGGAACGGCAAUAAGAAGAUGCCGCCAGAGUCUGAGGGCCGGAUCGGCCAGGCUUCAGACUACGGCAGCCGGCCGCAAGGCCGUUUCAACGACUUCAGCUCCAGGGACAGGCCACGCUUCCCAGACAGUGGUGCUGUUCAGGCCAACAGCUUUGACAGGCGGAAUCGCUUCGAGGGUGAGCCAGACAGCAAGAAGGCCCGGCCCGACCCCCGGCGGGACGGCUCCAGCUUCGACCGUUACCCCAAAGGCUUUGACUCUGUGCGCCGAACUGAGCCUCCGCCCCCUCCGCCCCGAGCUGAGCUCCGGGACACCGACAGAAGGGAGAUGCGGGACCGAGAUGAGCGACGGCCUGUGACUAUGCCUGAGCGGCCAGCAGGGGGCAGAGCGCCUCCCCCAGCCAUGACCCAUUCACGCUCAGCCAGAGACACGGGCCACACCGGUUGGAAAAAUGACAGUGGCAUGAACACCAAACCAGGCGAUGUCCGGGGUUCGGUGCGACUGCGGCCCGAGCGUUCAACCAGAGAGGGCCCCGGGCCCGCCAUGAGAGGAGCACCGGCCUCAGGCAGCCACAGCAGAACCACCUUCAGCAGCCGAGAUGGAGGAAGGCCGGCUGUCAUGGGAGAGCAGCAGCAUUUCAGCAGUGGGCGGCAGGUGGUGGUGGAGAGGCACAGCCGUGACCAAGGGCCUAGGAAGGAGUGGCAUGGGUCCGGGGGCUCCCAGAGUGGCGGCUUCCCUGAUAACCGGCGCAUGGGAGAGAGCAGGCCUGGCAUGAUGACUCCACACUCUAGCCACUCCUCUGCUGGCAUGAAUAGAAUCGUCCAGAUCACCAAUGUCCCCAUGGCGGGCAGCAGUGGAGGAUUCAAACCCUUUAAAGGGAGAUUCUAGCAUCCUGCCUUCUCCUUUUUGCAACCAAGAAAAAACAAGCACCCUUUAUAACUUAAUUUUUCUUUUUUAAGUUUGGGAUUUUUGAUGUUUUUAAAUGGUUGGACUGUGGCCGACAGGUUAUCGUGAAAAGAUCAUUUGUUUUUUGUAUAGAGCUUUAAGCUACAUGUAGGAAAUGUUCCUCAACUAUUCUGUGAACUGUAAAACAAUGCCAGUGCACAUACAUGCUGCUCCAGCACAUACAGUAUGGGCAGCUUGUACAGUUUGAUGAUUGUUUGUUUAAACCAGCCUUGGCGUGUUGAAAUUGCCUGUGUCUUAAAAGAUAGAAAAAAGCAAACUUUGUGACUUUUCUAUGCCAGUGUUUACUCAUGCGGUAGCCCUUGUUUUAAACUCCUGAUGACCUGCGUCAUGGGGCAAAAGAUGCAAUGUAGUUCUCCAUCAGGAUCAGGAUUAGGGUUAGGACAGAGUGCAGUGAACAUCUGUGUUGGGGAGGCAUGGGGCAAGUUCUCUCUGCGUUAGCAUUUCACUUCACUCUGCUGCUGGUGCUUCUCAUGAGUUGUCAUUAAAUUAUAGAAGUUUUUUCUUUUUCCAUUUCUGCUUUUACAGACACCCUACUUGCUACUGUAUAGGGGUGGGGGGAGAGAUGGACAACAAAAAUACAAUUGCACCUAUGAAGAAAUACAAUGCAACAUUUCACUGCCAAGGAUUUAUUUUUAAUCAGGCGUUGUAUCCCUCGUCUAAGGCUUUUUGUUACAGAUAAUAUCUGUUUACUUACAUCACACACACUUUUUGCCUACAUACAUAUUUUGGUCAUAUGUACAUAAACAGUUGAAACAUUUGAAUGCAAAAGAAGUUUGACCCUUUUAAUAUCCAGUAUUUUUAUAGCUUUUUGUCUUAAAUAUUUUGUGUAAAUAGACAUACAAAGGAAGUACAAAUAGAAAAGGUAUUGAUGGGACUGAGUUAGAACAUUAUGCCUGUGUUGCAGUUAGCUCUAAACAUGCAUUGUAAAAGAGUUUUAGUUUGUCAUUGGGUCCAUCCACUAAGUUGCAAGUGGAGGAAGAAUGCACAAUGAGAAUCUGAUUUUCUCCACCUGUGAUUGAGUACAUACAGACUGAACAGGCUCCAGUGUGGUAUUAAAAUCAACUUAACAUAUAUUGUCUAAACAAAACCAUAGCAGAUCCUUGACUGGAGCAAUUUCACUACCAAUGCUGCUGACUUCUGCCUGGCUGCCAGGCUGUGAGUUUUGGGGAGCGAGGCCUAGUCUGCCCCAAACCGAUAUGUCCUGCAUUCCUGACUUCAAUGUGGAAAUAAAGUCCAGCUAUGAGUGUGCCUUCUACGCAGUAUCCCCUUUGCCUGCCCCAGAUCCUUUACAGUAGCCAGCUACCCAAAUUGCAUGAAAGGUUUUGCAAAGCUGAAAUGGUCAAAGCUAAGCAGGCAUCUUAGGGGCAGCACUAGCAGUAUAGUGUGUUCAGGACAAAACCCCAAGCCUUGCCCUCCAGAUAUUUUUGUAUUUGCUGAAGCCCUGUAGAGUCCUUGAUGCUGAUAGAAGUAAUAAGUACUUUCUGGUUAUCAGGUUCUGUAAGAGUUUGAGGUGGCCUAACACUCAUUCAUUCUGGUGCAUCUAUUACUGUAUAAAAUGAGGUAUUUUUUGUCCCCUAGCAGUGCAUUCUAACCAUAGACCAGUGCAUAACCAAUUAAAUUGCCUAAAACAGUCUUAAGACAAGCCUGUUUUUGUCAGCUUAAA